CCCCUGACCGUCCUUCAGCUGUGCCAUCACCGCGUUACCUCCUCGGAAAACCGCUCCCGAACACCGAAACACGGACCUUUUACGCGCGCCCGGACGCCAAAUUACGCACGCAUCCAAUCCACUAUGUAGGUUUAUCGCUUCGAAAUUUGUGACAUCGCUUUGAAUUUCAGCAGCACGUCACUGCGACAACAUCCAGCAUCUGCGUAUCAACGAGGAUUCAUCGCGUAAAGAAGUCAAAUCGUGAUUGCCAGCGCGCCCUCGUUUCGUUAACCGAGGGAAACCAAAGCGGAUUUUCGUGCGCUUUUUUCCAGUCUUGCGUCUUUGCGUCUUCGGGCCUUUUCUUGCUCCGCAUCCCAUUCUCGUGUAGCAACAGCAGCAUCCUGAACCUGCGCCAUGGCCGACGUCGUAUCGGAGUGCAACAUUAAAGUGCUGUGUCGCUUUCGUCCGCUGAACCAGUCGGAGAUCAUACGAGGGGACCAGUUCAUCGCCAAGUUCCAAGGAGACGACACUGUCAUCAUCGGGGGGAAGUCGUACGUGUUUGACAGAGUGUUCCCCACCAACACCACCCAGGAGCAGGUCUACAACACCAGCGCCAAGCAGAUCGUCAAGGAUGUGCUGGGAGGAUACAAUGGCACCAUCUUUGCGUACGGACAAACCUCCUCUGGAAAGACCCACACCAUGGAGGGUAAACUCCAUGACCCUCACCAGAUGGGCAUCAUCCCUCGUAUCGCUGAGGACAUCUUCAACCACAUCUUUGCCAUGGACGAGAACCUGGAGUUCCACAUCAAGGUGUCGUACUUUGAGAUCUACAUGGACAAGAUCCGUGACCUUCUGGACGUGACCAAGACCAACCUGUCUGUGCAUGAGGACAAGAACCGCGUCCCCUUCGUCAAGGGCUGCACCGAGCGCUUCGUGUCCAGUCCAGAUGAGGUCAUGGACGUGAUCGAUGAGGGGAAAGCCAACCGCCACGUCGCUGUGACCAACAUGAACGAACACAGCUCCAGGAGUCACAGCAUCUUCCUGAUCAACAUCAAGCAGGAGCACGUGGAGACCGAGCAGAAGCUGUGCGGGAAACUCUACCUGGUGGAUCUGGCUGGAAGUGAGAAGGUGAGCAAAACUGGAGCUGCUGGGUCUGUCCUGGACGAAGCCAAGAACAUCAACAAGUCUCUGUCUGCUCUGGGAAACGUCAUCUCUGCUCUGGCUGAAGGAACGAAAACCCAUGUGCCGUACCGUGACAGUAAGAUGACUCGGAUCCUGCAGGACUCUCUGGGCGGGAACUGUAGAACCACCAUGUUCAUCUGCUGCUCUCCCUCCAGCUACAACGACACGGAGACCAAGUCCACGCUCAUGUUUGGACAACGUGCGAAGACCAUCAGGAACACCGCCUCCAUCAACCUGGAGCUGACGGCCGAGCAGUGGAAGAGGAAGUACGAGAAGGAGAAGGAGAAGAACAAGGGUCUGAAGGAGACCAUCCAGAGGCUGGAGGCUGAGCUCAACCGCUGGAGGAACGGAGAAGACGUGCCUGAGACCGAGAGGACCACUGCCGAUGUGGUCAACCGCUUUGAGACCAUCGAGGAGCGCCCCCUCCUGGACAACGACUCCACCUCCAUCGUGGUGCGUAUCUCCGAGGAGGAGCGGCAGAAGUACGAAGAGGAGAUACGCAAACUCUACAAGCAACUGGAUGACAAGGAUGAUGAGAUUAACCUGCAGUGUCAGCUGGUGGAGAAACUGAAGCAGCAGAUGCUGGACCAGGAUGAGCUUCUGGCCUCGUCUCGUGGUGACGGGGACAAAGUGCAGGCGGAGCUGGGGCGUCUGCAGGUGGAGAGUGACUGUGCUAAAGCCGAGGUGAAGGAGGUGCUCCAGGCUCUGGAGGAACUGGCCAUCAACUACGACCAGAAGAGCCAAGAGGUGGAGGAGAAGGGGCUCCAGAACCAGCUGCUGGCUGAACAGCUCGCUCAGAAAAUGGCGAGUCUGAUGGAGCUGGAGGCGGAGCUUUCCCGGAUGCAGGAGGUGAGUGGGCAGCAGAGGAAGAGGAUCGCAGACGUGCUCAACGGACUCAUGAGGGACCUGAGCGAGUUCAGCUCCAUCGUGGGCAACGGGGAGCUCAAACUGCCGGUGGAGAUCAGCGGGGCCAUCGAGGAGGAGUUCACCGUGGCUCGUCUCUACAUCUCCAAGAUCAAGUCUGAGGUGAAGUCCAUGGUGAAGAGGUGCAGGCAGCUGGAGAACAUGCAGCUGGAGUGUCACCGCAAGAUGGAGGAGACUGGACGAGAGCUGUCCUCCUGCCAACUGCUCAUCUCACAGCACGAGGCAAAGAUCCGCUCUGAGUACAUGCAGAGUGUGGAGCAGAAGAAGAGACUGCUGGAGGAGAGCCACGACUCCCUGAGCGAGGAGCUGGCCAAGCUGCAGGACCACGAGAACUCCCAGGUGGAGGAUAAGGACGGCGAGAAGGGAGAGACUGAGAAGGGCUCCCGCCAGCAGGUGGAGACACACCGUGGGCUGCACCACAAGCAGCUGUCCCGCUUGCGUGAUGAGAUCAACGAGAAGCAGAGGCUCAUCGACGAGCUCACUGAUCAGAACUCGGCACUGCAGCUGGAGUUGGCCCAGGUGCGCUCAGACUUUGACCGUCUUAAGAGUCAAGACUGCACCAAGAGCGAGCGCCUGGAGGAGCUCUCAUUUCUGCACGAGCGUCAUGAGCAGACCAAACAGGACCUCAAGGGCCUGGAGGAGACCGUCGCCCGCGAACUCCAGACCCUCCACAACCUGCGCAAGCUGUUCGUUCAAGACCUCACGUCGCGGGUUAAAAAAAGUUCCGAAAUGGAGCCUGAUGAUAGCGGGGGGUCUUGCACCCAGAAGCAGAAGAUUUCCUUUCUUGAAAACAACCUGGACCAGCUUACAAAGGUUCACAAACAGCUGGUUCGUGACAAUGCAGAUCUGCGCUGCGAGCUUCCAAAGCUGGAGAAGCGCCUGCGGUCUACUGCUGAGAGAGUUAAGGCCCUGGAGACUGCACUGAGAGACGCCAAAGAGGGCGCCAUGAUGGACCGCCGGCGCUACCAACAGGAAGUGGACCGCAUCAAGGAUGCCAUGAAGGCCAAGCAUGCGAUGCGCCGCCCCCACACUGCUCAGAUCGCUAAACCCGUGCGGCCCAAGCAGCUGCCCGUGUGCUCGCCCACUAACCCCUUCUACACGUACAUCCGAUCCACAGAGCAGGCCAACGCCUACAGCAAUGCCCUGUUCCAGAAGAGUGUCCCCCAGACGGCCCCCACGGGCACCAGCGGGACCCCCAACUCUGUGCAGACCAACACAGUUUCCACAGCGCUGGGCUACAGAGCAGGCAGAUAUAACGGAGACAUCCUGGAGUCGUACCCUCUCAACAUCGACAACGGAAACAGCAUCAGUGACACAAGAGACAUCAACGACAACAGGCCUGAUGCGCACUGUGGCAGUCAGGUGGAUGACUCAAACCGGCAGUUCAUCAUGCAGCAGGAGACUGCCGCCAGUUAAUGCAAUGAUUGUGACCGAGCACUGUUCCCGUUUGGACUCCGCCCCCUCUGCAUGCUGCCCCGCCCCGUCUUCCUCCUCUUUCUCCUCUUCCUCCUCUGCGUCAUCUUCAUCUGGAC